UGUGUGUGUUCCUCUCCACUCUCUUUAUCUUCCUCUGUCAUGCCGCUCUCCUCUCUGCUCCCCAUUUUCAUCUCAACUUGAACUAUCCGUGCAUUUAAUUUUUAAUGAUACACGUAGAGCUGGCUCUCUCUCUCUCUCCCUCUCUCUCUCUUUCUCUCUAUACUCUGCUCCUCUCUUCACCACCUGUUAGUUAGUCUCCCUCUCCUCUCUGCGCUGGAAUCCCCUCUUUUUUUAUGAGGAGUUUCACUCUUGUGCCAUCACUGAGCCCUAUGACUGUGCGAAAAGGAAAAAGUCUAGCCAUCUCCAUCCAGGAGCACAUGGCCAUCGAUGUCUGUCCGGGCCCCAUCCGCCCAAUCAGACAGAUAUCUGCUUACUUCCCUCGCCUCUCACCCACUUCUUCCUUUGCCGAGCCACUUUCGCCAAAUCAUGCAGCAGCUCCUGGAUUGCUCAGCCCCGGCCACGCAGGUCAAGAUGGAGGGGCCAGUGGAAGAGGAGGAGGAGGAGGGAGCAGUGGCCUGUUGUCCCCACUGUUACCAGGGGGAGCUGGCGGAGGGGGUUCGCUAUCAGCCAUGAGCAGCAUGGACACCUCCAUUGAGAUUGACAGCUGUGACAGUGAUGAUAACACCUCCCUGGGGACUUUGGAGUUUGAUCUUCUGUAUGAGAGAACCACCAGCUCCUUACACUGCACAGUCCUGAAAGCCAAGGGUCUGAAACCGAUGGAUUUCAAUGGAUUGGCUGAUCCUUAUGUCAAGCUGCACCUUCUACCUGGAGCUUGCAAGGCCAACAAACUGAAAACCAAGACUGUUCGCAACACGCUGAACCCUGUGUGGAACGAGACCCUCACCUACUGUGGGAUCACAGAGGAGGACAUGUACCGCAAAACACUCCGAGUGUCUGUGUGUGAUGAGGACAAGCUGACACAUAAUGAGUUCAUCGGGGAGUCGAGGGUGGCCCUGCGCCGUGUGAAGCCGGACCAGACCAAACACUUCAACAUCUGUCUGGAGCACCCACCUCCUCUGCCAUCGCCCACCGCCAUGAGCACGGCGCUGAGAGGAAUCUCCUGUUACCUGAGAGAGUGGGAGACAGAGCAGCAGAGGAGUCUAGAGGAGCGAGGCCGUUUGCUGCUCUGCCUGCAGUACCUGCCUCCAGCCAGUGAUGGCGACGUGGCGGCUGAGCCCAAGGACAGGGCUCGUGGCGGGCUGUGUGUGGGCGUCAAACGCUGCGCCCACCUGGCAGCUAUGGAUGUCAAUGGCUUCUCAGACCCCUACGUUAAAACGUACCUCAAGCCUGAUGUUCACAAGAAAUCCAAGCACAAAACAGCGGUCAUUAAAAAGACUCUCAACCCAGAGUUCAAUGAGGAGUUCUUCUACGAGAUCUCUUUCUCGGAAUUAGCUACCAAGACACUGGAGGUCACAGUGUGGGACUACGAUCUGGGAAAGUCCAACGACUUCAUAGGUGGUGUGUCACUGGGUUGCCAUUCGACGGGCGAGACCCUGCAGCACUGGAUAGACUGUCUGAAAAACAAGGGCACGAAGGUGGAGCGCUGGCACACGCUGACCAACGAGCUGCCCGGCUCCACACAGCAGGAGUGAAGCCUCCCCUCCGCCACACUGAGCCUGGUGUGGAGACCCACGACGAGACGUGUCAGUGCAUGCUCCGAGGACUUUCUGCAUGAAUACGACCGAGUCAUAUCCUUCUUACUUUGUGUCAUAAAUGAGUUCUUACUUCACAACAUCAUAACCAAGUGGUCUCCUAUUCAGAGAUCUACACUCUGUUCUUGGACCUGAUUCAAAUCUGCGGGAACCGUCACCACAAAGCUAUGACUGGAGGAAUUUUCAUAAUCAUAUUCAUAGGGAUCAUGUCCCUUUGGUGCAUUUCAUGUUUAUGUAAAUGCUCCUCUGCACUGCUCCAGAGUGGUGAGGAAAAUGGAAUCCUCCGCUCAUGUCAGGUUUGCUUCAUUUGAUUAAAUGUGCCCUGUUCUUUUCAUUAACUGCUGGCAUUUAAAUAACGACCACAGUGGACAUACCUCUCCCUUGCAAUAAUGUUUUGCCUAAUGCUUCCGAAGAUUUCCAAGUGGUCUUACUACUUUCACAUGUUUUGUAUCCAUUGAUCUGACUGGCGGUGCAUUUCCUGUGGGGACAGCACAGCCUAAUAAGACCACUGGUUCUUCCACGUCGGUGGUUUGUGUCAGUUACUUGCAUGUUUGUUGUCGAUGGAGCAAAUUAAAAAGACACGUUUGUGCCAGAUUCUGCCACAGGAUGAACCUGUGCAUUGUUGUGUUGUUCUCAAACCUCCUGAGGUUUCUGUUUCUGUUUCUGUUUCGGUUUGAUGUGUCGGGAUGAUAAUACUGUGUCAUGCUUUGGUGUUGACAUGCUGACGUUAAGGUCAUAGUUCAGCUUUUUAAGUGUAUGAGGCGUGAAGACAAGAGAGUGAAGACAGAGUACCAAACAACAAAUAAAUCAAAUUAAGUCAACACCGAAUUAAAUAAGGGAGAUAUUAAAUGAAUGAUGAAUAAAUAAACAAAGAUUGCAAUGCAAGUAGUGGUAAAACUGGUAACUGUGUGUGUGUGGUCGAGGUAAUGGGGGGUUAUUGGGGGGGGGGGGGCAUGUUGUAUGUUGUGUAUGUUCUCCUUAAAAAAGGUAGAUAAGUGAGAAUUGGUAAGAUGAUACUAAAAAGUAUUGAUGUUUUGUGUCUAAGUACUUGGAAAUAAUGAAGAAGAAACUAUAAAAAAGGGAAAAACAAGUAUUUUAAUUAGACGUACCUUAUGGAACCUUUUGCUUAGGUCUAUGAUAUUUAAAGAAGUAUUUUCACUGCUUCAUCUCAUUGUUAGACAAACUGACGUUUGUGUCAUUUAGAGAGAAAAACAGCAGUUUGACAUCACAGCACACAUCAAUGUUACGAUUUACCAAAGUGACACAAACUUACCAAAGCACUAGACCAGCAGCUUCUGUCCCCCCCC